AUGGACAGCCCGCCUCCUCCUGUUGACAGAGGAGCGGACUCUCCCGGAACAGACCGACCCGCACAGGGGUCUGCCUCUAGGUCACAGUCGGGUCUCCUGAGCAGCGGACCGAACGUGACCGGAGAGUACCUGUCGCAACCGGUCUGCUUCGCCACAUGCAGUGUCGUCUGCAUCGUCUGCACGAUCAUCUACAUCAUCAAGACGAGGCAGGGCCCGCAAGCAUCGCCGUCGAUCACCCACUGCGACGGCCUCGCCUGCGCUGACCCGCAGAGGGCGCUCGAUUCGCUCCUGGACCACGGCGUACACCCGUGCGACGAUUUCCACGCCCACGUGUGCGCCCGUUGGACUAAAAGUCGACGGGACAACGGCUUUCUCGAAGAGUCCGUACUCCAGUACAUGGCCCGGAUGCGCGACGUCUUGAUCCCCGACCCGCCCAGGGACGCGGUCAGCGAAAAGGUUCGAGAAGCUCUGGACACGGGCAGCACACUGCUGUCCGAGUGCUUGGCGCACAUGGCCACCGGGCAGCUGGACCUCGACCAGGAAGUGACGCUGCUCUUCCGAAAGUUGCACCUGGGACAAGUCUUGAACGCGACGUCCUCGCUCGAUGCGAUGGCGGUCGGUUCGGAGGUGUCCUUCAGGUACGGCCUGAACGGACUCGUCAGGCUUAGACCGCAGAGGGUCGAGACGACCGCAGUCCUGUACGCGCUGAGAGGAAUUCCGUUACUGACGGCGUUCCCCAUCAAGGCCGUGCUCACACACUACGUCAAGAGAAUCGUACGCGCCGUCUCCGGGGCCAAACGCUUCGCCGAGCUCAUCUCCCCGGGUGUCGUGUCCCUGGACAACCUCGUCUACGCAUCCUACCGCAGGAGGGAGUCACCCUACCGGAAGAUCGCCAACAGAAAGCUGCACUUUGAGCCGCCGGCGCUUGUCGCCGUCGCAACCGGAUCGAUGGAGCGGUUUGCGAGGCGGUGCAACUUUAGCAGCGUAUUCCUCCUCGUCCGCGACUACAGCAACGUGGCGCACCUGCUAAGCUUCUUCCAGCAGGACGUGGCGCCCGAGGUGCUGUCCUGGUACGUGGCACUGCAACUCCUGACGGACCUUCUACAGUUCGACUACGUCAAGAGAUUCGAAUUGGGCAGUGGCAGCAACGAGGCGGCAGCUCUUCGAACCUGCUUCGAGUCCAUGAGUGCCGCCCUCUCGCCAGUUUGGACCCUGAUGUCGAGGCAGCUGAUGGUCGUCGGAGGCAACUCCUCCAGCGGGAAGCCGGACCCAGUGGACGCGCUCUUCCAAAGCGUCAAGAAGGCGCUCAAACUUGGGAGAAAUUACCUGACGGACUUGCGGGCCGAUCCGACGCUUCGGAGACUGCAAGAAUCGCUCGGCUCCGUAGCACUCGUAUCGGGCGCGAGGCUCACCGACGGUGGUGACAUCGCGUUCCGCAGCUCGCAGCCGGUGCCAUCGGGCGUCGGUUUCCUGCUGGAUUACAUAAGCGCCCGAGCCCAGGUUAGGCGGCAGUCGCAGUUCAACCCGCCGGACUUCGCUUGGGACGUCUCCUCGAUGUUGGAGUUCAAGACCAGGGCUUUCUACCUCGCCGAACACGACUCCAUCUUCGUCCCCACCGCGUUGCAGACGCGUCACGUGUUCCACGGGGAAAACUCGACGCGACUCCUAAACUACGGCACGCUCGGCGCCAUCGUGGCCCGGGAACUGGGCAAGAUCUUCGCUCCCGGCGCCAGACACGGCGGUGAUUUCAGUGGCCUCUGGACUCCAGAAGCAGUACGCAGUUACGAGUCUCACAUGAGCUGCUACACGUCGCUCGAAGCGCGGGCGACAAGGAGCUCCGGAAAGGCCGCGGAAAUCCAGCUCGAGCUCUUCUUGUGGCUUACGAGCGCGCGCGCGGCUUAUUCAGCGCUCAGGGAAGACUUCUCGACGCUUUCGGACAGGAAGGCCAGCUGGAAGUCCGUGCAGAAAGAGUUCUUCCGCAGGUUCUGCUUCACCGCGUGCGAUUCGUGGAACAAGACUACGCUCAGUAGCCGACAGAAGUGCCUCUGGCCCCUGUUCGAUAUGCCGGAGUUUGCGGACGCUUUCGACUGCCCGGUAGCGUCGUACAUGGCGUCGAGGCGUCAGUGUCACGCUUAGAAUGACGCUUAGGCCCCGCGGUGCGUGGACACACUAGGCCGACGCAAUAUUGAACGAGGAUACUCGCCGUAUUUGUGGUAUAACUGACGGAAGCAGCUUUUGCUCGGACUCCGCAUACUGAUUUUAGGGGACGUCUGACAAUGUCUUGUCACAAUUUCUGACAAUGUGUGUUAAGGGCAAAUAGGGAGCGAAGUCGUCGUGGCGAUAAUAGAAAUAUAUCGCAUAACGCUCAUCAUCGUUCGCCUCCCUGAGCCCGCCAAUCCUAGAGUGUGUGUUCCCCUGGUCAUACUGUUUAGCAGUUGUCACCGCAGAUCUCCGUUUUCAGCGUUCAGAUUAGUAUUCAAGGAAGCGUUGGUGUUUUUAUACCCAUAUUUUAACGUUAAAACAACCAUGCAUUUACCGUUCCAAUGGUUCUACUAUAAAUACGAACUGAGUUAUCUCCGUUUCCGCAUUCAUUUUUGUCCAGAAUUACCCCCACCAGCCGAUCACAAUGCUUUAUUUCUGCAUUUCACAUUGCAAUUAACUUGGUAUUUGACGAGGCGCUACAAUAUAGUUUACAGCUUCAGUGCCACAAUUCUAAUGCAUCCUACGUUUCGUAGGCUGGUGAACAUGAAUAUAUAAUAAAGGUGGGCCACACGCAUGUGGGAAUCAGUUAAAGCGAAACUUUAUUUGAUGUUUACUAAAAUGUCUUCACUUCUAUGUAGCUCAACGUUCCUCUCACAGUACACGCUCCGGUCCCAUUUUAAUACGAUUACCAUUGUCGGAAACACAAAACCAGUUUGCGGUACGAAUUUCGUAUCUAAACUCUUUCACGCCAGCUUCGGUCACUGGAUAUGUACCGCUCUUGAUGA